ACCAGCGUAGCAUCAAAGAUGGCGGGCAAAAGUGGGAUUGCCCGUCAGCUUGAAAGAGUUAGAGCUAAAAUAGUCCAAGAACUUGAUAUAAACAAGCUAUUACCUCGUUUGCUAAGAAGAGGAAUAUUUAGUGUUUCGGAGGAAAAAGAUAUUCUCAGUCCCACGAUCCCUCAGAAAAGAACAGAGAAACUUUUGGAUAUUUUGUCAAGUAAAGAUCGAAGCGCAUUUUCCGACUUCUGCAAAACUUUGGAAGAAGUCGCUCCACACCUCUUGACCUCAUUGAUUUUAGAAAAUAAAGAAGUAGCCUGUGAUGACAAUCCCCCGACCCAGGCGCUCCAACUAGGGUUCGAACUGGCCCUCAAAGAGAGGGAUGCUGUGCUCCGAGAGAAGGCCAAAGCACAAGAGGAGCGUGACACGGCGCUGAGACAGCUGGAAUCAAUACGUGGUGAGAGGGAUCAGGCUCUGGCUUCCUUAGAGAACCUCACCACUAAACAUGGAAAGUUAAAAGAUGGGAUGUCAAGCUUAGACAGGAUCUCAAGAACAGACAGCAGAAAAAUGAAAGAUAAACCCUUGGUGGUGGAGACGGAGCAGGCUUAUGAGGAGCUGCGCUUCCUGUCCUCCCCACUCAAUAAUCAGAAUGGUCCUAAUGUGGCAUGGGAGACCCACCAAGUUACCCUUCAUAAGGCACCAACUUUUGGUUUUGGCAUAGCUGUGAGUGGAGGAAGGGACAGCCCCCAUUUCGCCAAUGGUGACCCUUCAGUGGCCAUCUCAGAUGUGCUCAAGGCUGGGCCUGCUGAAGGAAAACUACAGAUCAAUGAUCGAAUUGUGACAGUGAAUGGAAUAUCCCUGGAGAAUGUGGACCAUGCCACUGCCAUUAAUGUAUUGAGGGAUUGUGGGAACUCUGUCAAUCUGGUUGUCAGACGAAGAAUCCUCCUGCCCAUCCCACAACAGGAGAGGCUGACACCACCUUUUAAGAUCACACUCAACAAAAGAAACAAGAAAGAUGAGUUUGGCAUAGUGCUUGGCUACAAGCUGUAUGUUAAAGAAAUAAUACCUCACUCAUUGGCAGCUCAUGAACACACACUUAAAGAAGGAGACACUGUGCUGAAGAUCAACAACACUCCAGUAGAAAACCUGUCCCUGUCUGAUGCUAAGAAACUUGUGGAGAAAAGCAAGGACAAGCUCCAGCUGAUAGUCAGCAAGGACAGGAGGGCAGAGGACAGGGGUCCUCAAGUUUUGGGAGCAGGUCUUCCACCAGGGGCUGUAGGCAAUGAAACAGAUCUGAUACCUGCAAGGCUCAGGGAUAAGGACGACGUCAACAUCUACCGCCCCAGCGUCAGGUCAGAGGAGGACGUCUACGUGAAGGACCCCACAUCCUCACACAGGCAUGCAGUGCCCCCUGGCGCAUACCCCAACUCAGAGAACACGCGCUAUGACGGGCAUUACGUGCUGGACAACGACCUGCCCGUCAGAGUUGCAUUGCCUCGAGCCUUAGAGAACAAUCUUCCUAGUCAGGAUGAUAGGUACAUUAACGAACGUCCUGAUGGCUACUACAGUGACCGAGACGACGGCUGGAGGAGUCGGGAAGAGUUCCCUCCCCACCAGCGACCAGGAGAUUAUAUUGACGAAGUCUUUCAGAACCAGUCUAUUCAUGAGCGCUAUGUUGAUAUGAGAAGUGAUAUCUGCCUUGAUCCCAGACAGGUGACAUUCCUGAAAGACAAGCAGACAGGUUUAGGGUUACGUCUGGCAGGUGGGAAUGCCACAGGUAUCUUCAUUGCAAGUGUUCAGCCAGGGAGUGCAGGGGAGAUGCAGGGACUGGUGGAGGGGGACAACAUUAUUUUAGCCAAUGAUAAAGAGAUCACUGGGUUGACCAGGGAAGAGGCUGUCUCCUACCUGACCAGUCUAGUAGGGGAGGUCACCAUGGUUGUGCAAUACAGAAAGGAAGAGUAUGAUCGAAUUAUGGCAAGUCAUGAAGCUGGGGAUUCUUUUCAUAUCAGGGUACAUUUCAACUACACCCCUGCGGACCCAGCCACGGAGCACGUGUUCAAGAUUGGUGACAUCUUCCAUGUGAAGGACACACUCUUCAGGGGUGUGGGCGGCUCCUGGCUGGCCAUCAAAAUCUCGGAGGACCCAUCAGAGAACAAAAAGGGAACAAUCCCCAAUAGCAAAACGGCUGAUAUCCUGAAGACACAGCAGAAUGAGGAAAACAACAACAAGGAGAACUUUCCCAACAGAGGCAGGGGCAGUCUUUUUAAAAGGAAAACUUCAUCCCGUAGGAGUAAAUCACUAGGGAAAGAUCACUGGGAUGAAGUUAUUUUCGCCAACUUAAACACCAAGUUUCCAGCCUAUGAGAGGGUGGUCUUCAGGGAACCUGGCUUCAUUCGACCUGUUGUCAUCUUUGGUGCUAUCGCUGACAUUGCCAGAGAAAAACUACUAGCAGAGUACCCUGAUAAAUUUGACUCUCCUCAAGUAGAAAAGUCUACAGUUGGGGUUGAAAAGAAAGAAAAAAGUGCCAUUAUUAGACUAGGAUCUAUACGAGAGGCUAUUACGCAUAGAAAACACUGCCUUCUGGACGUGACCCCACAGAAUGUAGACAGGUUAAACUAUGCUCAAUUCAACCCAAUAGUUGUCUUCAUGAAAGCUGACAGCAAACAGGCGGUCAAGGACAUCCGGGGCAGGUGGAAAUCCCAGUCCAAGAACCCACGCAAGUUGCUGGAGCAGAGCGAGAAGAUUGAGAAGACCUGCCCGCACCUGUUCACAUCUGUGUUAAAACACAUGGGGACGGACGCCUGGUUUCCCAAGCUGUGUGAAAUGAUAGAAGCCCAGCAGAGGCAGCAGAUAUGGAUGUCAGAAAAACAGCCUGUGGAUGACAUGAGUGAUGACUUCAUGUUCCCCAUGUCCACUCGGCUCAGCAUGGCUGCUGGGGCGGACAGCGACUUCGAGGCCCCCCGCCCCAGGGAUGAUUUCGAUGUUUCGCCCAUGAGGAAGAAGACGCUGAUGAGGUCAUCGAGUGACCCUAGUGUCAACACCCAUGAAAAUAUACCUGGGAUACCACCGUACCCCUCACCCCCAACAUAUAAGAAUCAAAAGCUUCCACCAGAUUCCAAAUACUCCAACAGUGAAUCCAGUCCAAGGUCUCCUGCCAGAGAUGACUUCCAGAUGCACCCUGAGGACCGCUACUACCCUUCCUACUACUCCGAUCACAUCAACUCACCGUCACGCUACAUGGACAGCAGGGCUCAUAUAGAUCCUUAUGCAACCUUGACCCCCAGUGAGAGGUUAAGGCACAGAGUCUAUACAGAGCAACCUUACCCUGGUGGUUACAAUGAAUUUGGCUUGACCAGGGAGAACUAUGAGGGUCGGGACAACUUUCAGGGGAGCAGGCCUGGUGUACCUGUGGUCAACAACAGCCCACAACAUCAUCACCAGCCUGGCCCUGCUGGGGACAACAGGGCCUAUAACGAUAACUCGUCCCACUCGAGCGACUCCUACAGUAAAUACGUCAGCUCACCACAAAACAAACACGAUGACACAAAACUGAGGGAAAAAUUUGGGAAUCUCCAGAUCACUGGCAGGGAGAAGAGCCCGGGUCAUGACCCGUAUCGCUUCACCAGGAGCACGGCCCACCCGGUGACUGGCAACGUGGACAAGGCCAAGUUGUCUGACCUCUCUGCUCGUUACAGGAAGCAAGAUGGCCAAUCAAAACCCAGCAGCAACAAAACAGCUACACUUCCUGCCACACUUCAACCAAUCAAAAAGAAGGAACCACCCCCUGUUCCUGCAAAAACAAUCUCCCUCAAACAAAGAGGAAUAGAGCCAGAUGAACUGAAGAUGAGAAAUUAUGAAAAUUCUAACAGGGCAUACAACUAUGCUGAUAUCAACACAGCCUCUGGACGUCAUGGCCCACACCAGGGGUCCGGCACGCCGCCCCUCCCCCCGCCUCCAUCGACCUCGUACCCAGGGGGCCUGGACACCGACCGCCCCUACGAGUACAUGUCCUCGCGCCAGGCCCAGAGCUCUGUCCACAGCCUGAACAACCUGGCUAGCAGCAACACCAGGCUGGACCACACGCCACCGCACCAGUCCUCCCCGCAGCACAGCACCAACUCCCUCCACCACCAGAACAUCCCGGGCAGCUACAACAACAACGCGCUGCCGUCGUCGUACCAGAACAACCUCGACUUCGCCCAGCAGCAGCGGCAGCAGUUCAACCAGGGUGGGCGGGGCUACAGCCUGGACUCUGCCAUCCCCCCGCCCCUGCCCCCGCACCCCAGCGACCAGGACUACUACGACUCGAAAGCUUUUGCCAACGAGGUGUACAUGGAGCAUAAAGAACUUCAGAGAGCGAGGCAGGUUCGAAUCCAGCCUGGGCAUGGACAGUACCCUUCUAUCCCUGAACAAGGCAUGCGGGAUGGUGUGAGGGACAUGUACCCUGGGAAUAUGCCAGCGUCAAUAGACGGGGGAUACGCCCGCCCCAGAACUGAUGAUGAGCAGCUCCAGGACAUGCAGUCCUCACGCUUCCGAGCCAAAUCUGAAACACGGUUGCCGGAAAUUUCCGGCAUGCACCCCAGGUACAACAGCAGCACCAGCAACCUGCAGACCAGCAGGGUGGACGAGGAGGUCGGCCGGGGCAAGACGCGGGGGAACCUCACCAACGGAGCAGGCACCACGGGCAGCAUCCUGACCAACGGCUACCUGGGCGGAGGCGGCGUCAACGGCUACAGCCACAGCCGGGGGAGGAACAGCAGCCGGUAUAAAAGCUGGGACGCGGCUAAACAUGAGCAUGACAUGUUUACUGCCUACUCCAAGCUAAUCACUUCUCAGGGUUUCCAUCCACAGAGGCGAAACUUCUCUAUGAGUUCCGGAGAGCUGAGAGAAAAUGUGGGUCCCACUUCAUUGAGAAAGUCUGGCACAUCCAACCCUGUCCCAGAGAGUGCAUUCUCCUCAUACAAGAGACCACAGAAGCAGUCGUCCUUCUCUGGUGUCACAGACAGCUCCGCAGCCAAGCUGUCCAGCUGGAGGACUGGCAGGCCAGUGGAGAGGACACGGUCCAGUAACGCCCCCGCGUCUACGUCAGUACCUCGCAGUCAGACGUAUGGCAGUGUGUUAAAGUCGAGAAGUGGAGAUGACACCUUUAUGAAUGGUGACACAGAGAGUCUUGAUGAAAAACACACAAUCAUUGCCACGGCUAAAGGCAUCUUCACAUCCAAGGGUGGUCUUCUGGAGUCUAAAGAGACUGGUGUUAGUAUUUUAAUACCUGAAGGUGCUAUAGAAGACAACAAAGAUCAAGAAAUUUAUUUUAAAGUGUGCAGAGACAAUAGCCUACUCCCUCCACUUGACACUGAGAAAGGUGAAACAUUGCUGAGUCCUCUAGUAAUGUGCGGCCCCCACGGCAUCCAGUUUAAAAAACCUGUGGAGCUGCGUCUGCCCCACUGUGCCUCGGCUAACCCAGAGAGCUGGUCGUUUGCACUGAAGUCUAGCGACUCACCCUCAGGUCACACAACAGAGUGGCAGAACAUGACCCUCGCGGGGUCAGAGGGCGUGGCUAAAGGCAGGGUUGACCAGAACAGUGUGUCAAUACUAGUGGAUCACUUCUAGGCCUAAACUGUCACACACCAUCUCCCACAUGACCUUUGACAUCAACACACCACACACGCAGUACAUCAAGACUCGCUUGCCACUGAGCCUUACCAAAUAAAUUGAUAUCAAAUUAUUUACCUGUAACAAACUUUGUCAGUAUUGAUGUUUCAACUAUGCAGGCAUUCAUCUUUGUGUGAUAGCAAAUGUUAUUUGUUAUGUAAAUAUCAUAUUCAUAUACAACAUAUGUACAGAUAUUGGCUUCCAUAUGUAAUGUUACAUACUUUAUGUUAAUUUUUUUUCAGUCUGUCUUGAAUUUUUUAAAUCCUUUUAUAAAUAUAAUGAGAAGUAAAUUUAACCAUUCUAAAAUCUUAAGGCAUACAUUUUAUAUCAGUUUACAAAUUAUUGACACAUUGACAUACAAUCUUAUGCAGCCUAAAAUGUACAUUAAAUGUGUGGCAUCAGUUGUGGAAGAUUUCAUGUUGUAAAAAAAGUUAAUGUAAAUGUAUAUUUUAUUAACCAAAGUUGAUUUUACUUGAAUCAAAACAAAAAUGUAAAACAUUUAUUUUUGUAUAAUACUGUCAACGUUAAAGAAUUUUCUAUUUUUUUUUUCAAUUGUUGAAGCAGAUAAAAAACAUGUUGUUACGCCUAGUAUUCCGUUAUCUUCACUUUGUUUAGAAAUACUUGAUUCCAAUCACUUUGUUGGUUGUUUUAUUCAGAAUUUGUUGUUGUUGUUUUUUUUAACAAUAACUAUUAAAACUGUUUCUUACUAUGCAUUUAAAAACAUUUUCUCGUGUUCUAAAACUCUAGCUUUAAGAAAUUUUGAUUUUCUCCAUUUCUAAUGUAACAGGUAUCAGCUUAUAAGGUGCUUAUAUCCUAGAUAUCCAUUGUUAUAUGUCAGCAAUAUUUUUACUUCCCCUGCUUUUAUCCAAGGUACAUUAUCCUUAUUUCCUAAAAAUGUAAUUUAUUCCAUUCACUUAUUCCCUUUCAUGUUUUUUAAUUGUCAGUGACAUCUUAUACAAAGUGUUGUGGAUCCAACAGCUUAUAUUUUCCUUGAACAUUACCCACUUUAAAGUUGUAAAACAACAUUUAAUUAAAGUUCUUUGAAUUUAAUUCAGAUUUUAUUCCUUCUAUUUUCAAAGUGUAUAUUAUUUUAAAUACUUUCACAACUUUGUUUACUAUUUCACAAUGCUGAUUUUAUUGCUGAUUUAAAUAUAUUAUUUUUCAUUACCAGUAACCUUUGUAAAGAAAUUUUUUUUCAUUCAAAACAUUUAUUUUAAUUCAAUAUUUUUGUGACACUGUACUUAAAAAGAAAAUUAUGAGAAGUCUAAAUACCAAAAAUUGUAUUUUAAUAGCAUACAUAAAUUUGUGUUAAUUUUUUUUCAUGUUUUUUAAACACAAAGCUAUUUACACACUGAUAAUGUAUGUGAAACAUACAUUUUUUAAAAUUUGAUGAACACACAUACAUACUGAGUAUAUUUACUGACCUGUCAUCCUAUAACUUUUUGACAUGAGUUAAAUAAACUUAUAUUCCAACUCUCAUGGACAUAUUCAUCUUUGGGCAGUUCUCUUCUUUUUCGAUAAAUAAAAAUUUUUAAUUUUACUGAAAGGUCUGAAUCAUCACAAAGUUCUGGUUUUGUUCAAGUCAGGAUUCCAUAAGUCAUCGUGACAUUUGCCUUAGAGACCAUCGUUAAACAAAUCCAUAAUUAAUUUUUAAAAACUAUUUUUAAAAGACCAUGUUACCUUUCCUUUCUGAAGAGAACUUUUACAAAGAUUAGUGUUUAAAAAAAACAAAGUCAAUUUUUUAUUUGUAUUCUUGAAAGUUGUGACAUUUUAAUACCAUCCAACUUUUAAAAGCAAAAUGUUCUUUGCUUUAAAGUGUUAAAAGUUAUUGUAAGACUAAGUAAUUCCGAAAAUUGGAUACCUGUUCAAAAGUUUUGUUUAGAUAUAUGUGUGUGUGUGUGUGUGUAUAUAUAUAUAUAUAUAUAUAUAUAUAUAUAUAUAUAUAUAUAUAUAAUCAAUGAUUCUUUAACUCACAUACUGGAGUUAAGGUGUCAGUCCUGGCUAUUCCUGCUCCAUCCCCAUCCAACCUCUGUAUGUCAUUACCUCAUCACAUACUCCCAGGCCCGGCGCUACCUAUAAGGCAAACUAGGCGGUCACCUAGGGCGCUGUUCAUAGGGGGGGGGGGCGCAAAAAUGUGAAAUCGCAAUUAUUUUAAAAGUACCUAAUAAUUUAUAACUUUGAUUAGAUUACAUUAACUAUAUACUUUACACAAAGGCAUAGCGAUCUUUCAAAUUAGACCUAUAUGUAAGUAUUCGCGUUGGUGAAAAAUGUUAAAAGUAAAGUAUAUAGUUUCUAUAUAAAUUCCAUUUCGCUCUGGGUUCAAGUUUCCUUGAUUCCUAGUCUUUGACCGACUUGCCAAAUAAGAAAGAACACUAUUCAUAAUUUUUGUUGGCCGUAAAUGAGAAAUUUUAAAACUUGAAUAUUCCAAGCCAGAAAUGAAUUUGAGCCUAUCUCUGUGUGGUUUGUUGUCUCAUGAUGGAUAUACUUUGCAAUGAAAUGAUUUAAUUUAGCAUUUAGUGAGUUAGUCUGAUAAUAUAUAUCUAA